CUUGAAGGCAUCAUAAGACCGGGUGCACACAUCACCACAGGCGGUGACUUCAACAACUCCGCUAAACUUAAACAUAGACGGUUACUGAAGCUGCCGGGGAAGUAGGGAAAGUUAAGAGCAUUUUUGGUUUAUAACGGUCAUCGGUGGAGAUUACAUGGCAUCAUCUAGUUAAAUAGGUUGUUUAACCACGGGUAUAUGCUGCUUAGGUUACUCUAUCAUCAGAAUGACAAGUAAACAGACACAGUUUCGGGCUCUUGACAAACCUCUGAGAUAGCUAACUAGCUAGCUAGCUAACUUAGCUUAAAGCAAAAAACUAACUAGCGUUAAGCUAACUAACGUUAGUUUCCUUUGUUCGUUAUUCUGUGGUGGUUAACGGUCCCACUGACGUUCAAUUAUCAUCGGGUUUAAUUAUCAACAUCACAAGCUAAAAGGUCUGAACCAUAGACUGUUAAAUUAAUAUACAGUCUAUGAUCUGAACUCAAGUCGAUGCCCAUAUGCUAUUUAACGUCAUGACAUUAACGUGGCUCAAGUAAAUAUAGAAUUGGCUUUCGCUGACUUCGAAUUAAAAGGAUUUCUACUUGAACGAAAAUAAACACUGGACAUAAACUUAACGUUACCUAUAUCAAGGACCUGAAUGGCCUCCGUUGUUUCAGUGAAAACUGAGAAGAGACCUGCAGCUGAUUCUCAGGAUGCAGACUCAAAUGCAAAAAAGCCCAGGAAACUUCUGCCCAGCCUGAAGACCAAGCAAGCCCCCGAGCUAGUCUUGGUGAUUGGCACAGGGGUAAGCUCUGCAGUGGCCCCUCAAGUCCCCGCACUCCGUUCCUGGAAAGGUCUCAUCCAGGCCUUGCUUGAUGCAGCCAAUGACUUUGACCUGCUAGAGGAGGAGGAGAGUCGGCGUUUCCAGAAGCACAUGCAGGAAGAUAAGAAUUUGGUUCAUGUGGCCCAUGACCUCAUUCAGAAACUUUCCCCGAGAACUGGCAAUGUGCGCUCAACAUUCUUCAAGGACUGUCUAUACGAGGUGUUUGACAAUUUGGAAUGCAAGAUGGAGCAUGCAGGGAAACAUCUUCUGCGCUCAGUGCUGCAGUUAAUGGAAAGUGGUGCGCUGGUCCUCACUACUAACUUUGACAACCUGUUGGAGAUCUAUGCAGCUCACCAGGGCACCAAGCUGGAGUCGUUGGACCUGACGGAUGAGAAGAAGGUGUUGGAGUGGGCUCAGGAGAAGCGGAUGUUAAGUGUUCUGCAUAUCCAUGGUGUUUACACAAACCCCAGUGGUAUUGUACUGCACCCUGCAGGCUACCAGAAUGUACUGAGGAACACUGAAGUUAUGCGGGAGAUCCAGAAACUGUACGAGACCAAGUCUUUUGUGUUUCUCGGCUGCGGACGCACAGUAGACGACACAACUUUCCAGGCUCUGUUCUUGGAGGCAGUCAAACACAAGUCGGACCUUGAACACUUCAUGCUCGUACGGCGAGAGGACGUGGGAGAGUUCAAGAAGCUGCGUGACAACAUGCUGGACAAGGGCAUCAAGGUCAUCUCCUAUGGAGACGAGUAUGCCGACCUACCCGAGUACUUUGAGAGGCUGGCCAACGAGAUCUGCAACCGUGAUGUGUCAACCAACGGCUGGGGGUCUCCUUCACGAAAUGGGGAAGAACAGCAGAAUGGCUUUAACACACAGAAAAGCCUCCUUCAAGCCCAUCAUUCUUGACAGGCACACAGUCGGGAUCAUUAUCAGUCAUUUUCCUCCACAGCUCCUUUGUGAGAUCAGUGUACUUUGAGUAGUACUAGAGUCUGAUUUCAGUCCAGAGAUUUAGAAAUGCAGGCAAACUAUGGGCCAUGGCCAACCUAAAAGCUGUUGACAGGGUUUCACAGGGUGUCUGUGAUUUUCCUUUAUUAGUUCUGUUUUAUAAGGGAAAGGAGAAGCAAGUAAUCGCCACUGCCAAUACCCAAACUCUGUCCCAAUGCACUGUAUUUAAAUGUUGCUCAACAUUUGCAAAUCUACAGUAAAACAAAGUUUUAAAUAUGCAGACGAUGGAAUGACAUGGUCUCACUUCAAUUUGACAACAUAUUAUAGAUAUGAGUCCACUGACAGUUGACUUUUCUGCAUUGAUUGGAUAUGGAUUACAAAGAUGAAAUCAAACUGCAUCACCUUGACCUACCUGCCCGGGAAGAGAAGUUGUAGGUAAUCUUAACUGAAAGCAAUCUCGUGUUGAUAUGCAAGGUUUGUUAUGUCAUGCUCUACCCUAAAACCAGUAAAAACUUGAUUUGCACACUACUGGAUGGGGAAUUGGGAUGGGCAAUAAUACUUAUCUUCGUGAUGGAUGGUUACAUUAGGAUUCUGUCCUCAGAAGACGGCAGAGGCUCCCAGCCAGUAGCAAUCACUUUGCCACUCCUGUGCUAAAAAUGUUCUUUGUAAGCCUUUUUUGUAUUUUUAAUACUUGCAUGUGUUUUCGGACAUAGUAUUUAUAAGUACUAUUUUCAAAUAAAGCAUUUGGUAUCU